AUGCAGGUUUACAGGAAUACUUUGGGGCUUGUGAGAAGUACUGAUUUCUCAAGCAAUAGAUUGACUGGGGAGAUUCCAAGCGAAAUCAGUCAUCUUGUUGGCUUGGUUUCUUUAAACCUUUCUAGAAACCAACUUACAGGUCACAUUACUCCAGACAUAGGAAAAUUGGAGUCCUUGGAUUCACUCGAUUUGUCGAGACAUCAUAUAGACGGAAGAAUUCCAACAAGCCUUGCUCAGAUAAGUCGUCUUGGUCUCUGUGGACCUCCACUUCAAAAUCCGUGUGAUAUCGAAGAAAUGGGUCCAUAUCAAGUUAGUAACGAAGAAGACAAGGAUGAUCAGCUUAUACGCUACGGAUUUUACAUCAGCAUGGGGCUUGGGUUUUUUGUUGGAUUUUGGGGAGUUUGUGGAAGUCUGAUAUUCAUCAGGGAAUGGAGGUACACAUACUUCAAGUUCUUGAAUUCGCUGAAUGAUUGGCUUUAUGUGAGGGUAGUGUUGAUCAAGCGGAAAUUAACGGAUGCUUAA